AUGUCCAUCUCCGGCACCCUCAGCAAUUACUACGUGGACUCGCUCAUCGGCCCCGACGGCGAGGACUCCCCUCCCCUAAAUUCCCGCCGCCCUUCGCGGCGCCCCGCGCCCCCCGCGGAGCCGCUGGAGUUCCCCUCGUGCAGCUUCCAGCCCAAGGCGGCCGCGCUCGGCCCCGCGUGGGCUCCGCUGCCCGCCGCCUUCCCCGCGCUGCUCCCCGCCGCCCGCGCGCGGCUGGCCCGAGGCUUCGCGGACAAUAAACUCUGCGAGGGAGCCGAGGACAAAGACGGGAGAGAUCAAACCAACCCCGCCGCCAGCUGGCUGCAGGCGCGCUCCUCGCGCAAGAAGCGCUGCCCGUACAGCAAAUUCCAGACGCUGGAGCUGGAGAAGGAAUUCCUGUUCAACAUGUACCUGAGCCGCGAGCGGCGGCACGAGGUGGCGCGGCUGCUGAACCUCAGCGAGCGCCAGGUCAAGAUCUGGUUCCAGAACCGCCGCAUGAAGAUGAAGAAGAUGAACAAGGAGCAGGGCAAGGAGUGA